ACGAAGACCUCCCUUUCCCACUGAAGCUUUUUGAACCAAAAAUCUUUCUGAGCUAUUCUCAGGUUGAUUACGAGUGCUCAACACUGACGUCGCCACUCUCCACAUUACCUCUCCAAAAACAACCAACAUGGCACCCUCACGCACUUCCCCACCACCUUCAAAUCCAUCCUCCAAGGAAGGCCUCUCGAAAGAGCAGCUGGAGCAGUUCGAACGCGAUGGCUAUCUACUUAUUCCCAACGCUUUAGACGAGGCGACUGUCGCGAGCCUACUGGCAGAAACACACUCCAUGCUGGAUAACUUCUCGCUAGACGACCAUCCGAUGACGAAGUUCUCGACGGGGGAGGGGGAGGAUGUUGAGCAUGUUGGAGACGAUUACUUCCUUACAAGUGGUGAUAAGAUACGGUUUUUCUUCGAAGAAGGUGGGUGAUCAACCUUUCAGACAGGGGAGGGGUGUGGUUUUUUGUAAACAUGCUAAUCGGGAUGUGUAUGGAACAGACGCCUUCGAUAAAUCCGGCAUCCUAACCAAACCAAAAAACCUAGCAAUCAACAAAAUAGGCCACUCCCUUCACGUCCUCUCACCCCCCUUCGCCUCCUUACUCUCACCCUCCUCCUCCUCCUCACCCAAACAUUCCCCCGGCGCAAUCGCCCGCUCCCUAGGUUUCCAAGACCCGCGCUGUCUGCAAAGCAUGGUCAUCUGCAAACAGCCCGAAAUCGGCGGCGCCGUCCCGCCACACCAGGACUCGACGUUCUUGUAUACCGACCCGCCGUCUGCGGUCGGUUUCUGGUAUGCGCUUGAGGAUGCGACGCUACAGAAUGGGUGUUUGUCUUUCUUACCUGGUAGUAAUAAGACUGCGGAGGUGGGGAAGAGGUUUGUGAGGAAGAGGGGGGGAGAGGGGACGGAGUUUGUUGGGAAUGAGGGGAGACGGUUUCCUGUGGGUGGGGGGUAUGGGGAAAGGGAAAGGGAGGGGGUGGGAGAGGGGAGUUAUGUACCUGGUGAGGUGAAGGCGGGGACGUUGGUGCUGAUUCAUGGGAAUUUGCUGCAUAAGAGUGAGAGGAAUACUAGUGGGAAGGGGAGGAUUAUAUAUACGUUUCAUGUUAUUGAGGGGGAGGGAUGUGUGUAUGAUGGAUUGAAUUGGUUGCAGCCUCCUAAGGAGGGGUUUACGAAGAUUUGA